UCAAGUAUGGUAUCCGAUGACAGUUUGUACGAAUUCAAGAGCCCAAAAGCUCAUUAUAGCACGAUAUUUGCAUGAAACGGCCGAUUCCAUAGAUGGGAUUCAUUUUAAGCUUCACGAUUUCGGAUAUCGUGGAUCAUCUUCGGUUGAGAGUGCUUCGAUUGGUGGAGCUGCACAUUUGGUAAAUUUCUAUGGUACCGAUACCAUAGCUGGCUUGCAGUUAUGCAAAAAGUAUUAUGCAGCAGAAAUGGCUGGCUUUUCUAUUCCGGCUGCUGAACACAGUACAAUUACUACAUGGAAGAAAUCAGGCGAAUCAGCGGCAUAUUUGAACAUUUUGGAACAGUUCCCAGAUGGUUCCGUGUCCGUAGUUAGUGAUUCCUAUGAUGUCUUUCACGCUGUUUCCAAUAUUUGGGGUGUUGAGUUACGCCAGUAUGUGGUCGAUCGAGCCAACAAAGGAUGCAUUGUCAUCAGACCAGAUAGUGGUGAUCCCAGCCAAGUGGUCGUGUUGAAUUUAUUGGCAGAAAAGUUUCCUAUUGUGACUAAUUCCAAAGGCUAUCGACUUUUACCGUCGUAUUUGAGAGUAAUGCAGGGUGAUGGUAUAUGUUACGAAUCCAUUGGGAAAAUCUUGGAUGCUGUGACUUGUAAUAAGUGGAGUGCAGACAAUAUCGUUUUUGGUACAGGAGGAGCUUUAUUACAAAAAUUAGAUCGCGACACUCAGAAAUGCGCGUUCAAGUGCUCGCAUGUUGUUAUCAACGGUGAAAGUCGAGACGUUUGGAAGAGUCCUACAACAGAUGCUGGAAAGCAGUCAAAACAAGGGCGAUUAACUCUGGAAAAGAGAGAGGAUGGCAGUUUUGACAUACUAGUAACAGUGUUCGAAAACGGAAGGCUUCUUGUUGAUUACAGUUUGGAAGAGAUCAGAGAUCGAGCAGAACUUGCUAUUGUUAAAGAGUAUAAACGAAAAGUUGUUAAUGCUGAAGCAACAGUGAGGACUGUAAAUGGAUGUUUUGAAACUCGUUUUCUAAAGCCCGUUAUUCUUGUCGUGAUAAUUGGUGCUUAUUCCAGUCGAAAUAGUGAUGCUCUUCUUUCGAUAUAG